AGUAGUGCACAAUCCCUCCUAAACUACGUCUAUUUCCCCUUAAAUAAUGGACAUUGACACUAGGGUGCGGUAGUGAGCCGUGUCCACUUUCGAACAAAGAAAUGAGCAAUCUCCCUUUUCAUCUCUGCUUAUACUGUCCAUCCGCUCCAUCCUUCAGGUUGCUUCAGGUCCAUGAGUGCAAUGCACGUGCAAGCGUAAGCAUAAAUAAAUAAGUUCCAAUAUUUAAAAUGGGAAUUAUUGGACUAACUACGUUCGUAAAUAAUCGUUCCGAUCGUUACUUGCGGGAUUAUGAAUUACAUAAUACAUAUUUAGUGAUCGACGGUAACAACAUAAGUUGUCAAAUAUAUAAUUUAUACACAAAAGGUAAUUGUGCAUUUGGCGGCGAUUAUGAUAGUUUUGCAUAUGCUGUAUCUAACUUUUUCGACGAUCUAUUAAAAUGCAACAUAACACCAUUGGUUUUGAUUGAUGGUGGCACCGAGAAUAAAAAAUUAAAGACAACCGUAAUCAGGACCAAAGACAAAAUUCGAAGAGCUGCGUUGUUUUCCCCGUGUGAUCGACGAACAAUGAAAUUUCUGCCCUUAUUACAAACAAUAGUUUUCAAAAAUGUGAUGAUAAAGAAGAACAUUCGACACGUGCAGUGUCUGUUUGAAGCUGAUAAUGAUAUAGCUACAGUAGCAAGGAUCUUAAAUUGUCCUGUACUGAGUUACGAUUCGGAUUUUUAUAUAUAUGGAUCACAGUACAUACCAUUUGACACAUUGGAUAAUUGUGUAGUCAGGCAUUCAAGUGGGAAAGGAUAUGUAAAACAUUGUAAAAUUUAUAAAGUUGAAUAUUUACUAAAUUCAUUUAGAGGACUGCAUGAAUCUAUGUUACCAUUGGCAGCAAUCUUAUUAGGUAAUGAUUAUGUCAAACAUGGAACAUUCAAGAACUUCUUUCGUCAUUUGAAAUUGAAAGGAGUAUCAAAAAAAAAACACAAUGAGCAACAGUGCCGCAUUGAAGCAACUUUCAUAUGGCUAAGCAAGUACACCUUGGAUAAGGCUAUUAUUAGCAUUUUAAUCAGAUUACCCAAACCUUGUCGACAAAGAUUAUUGAAUUUAAUAGAAGACAAUAUUAACAGUUACACGAAUGCAUCAGCUGAAAUACUUAUACCAUUAGGAUUUCCAAAAGAUUAUGUCGCUCGUGUAAAUACGCAUCACUUAAAUAGGAGUUUUAAGUUUGAAGAAGAUAUAAAUACUUUAACAUACAUAGAAGAAACUUGUGAAGGAGAAGAGGACGAGAUCAGCGAGGAGGAAGAUGAUGAAAUUGAAUUAAUGAGCACAAUAGAUGAGACCGAAUUGUUUUCGCAAAAUAAAGCCAUUAAUAAUUUGCCGAAAUGGUUUGUAAACGAAUUUCUUAUGGCCGAACUUCCAUCGUUUUUCAUGGACUUGAUAGUUCGCAGAUUGUAUACGUGUCCCGUACAAAUUGAAAAUGAUUGUUAUCGUUCGAGUAAUGUAAUAAGUUUAAAGAUCAUUAGUGUUAUUUUUGGACUUCUAAAAUCAGCAAUACAUGACAAAGUACGUUACAUGAGAUACAUGAUCAGAGAUCAAAAUAGACUUGUAACACGUGAAUUAAAAGCCACAGAGAUAAUAAACUGUUGUAAACUUCCGUCUCUAUUCAAUCUUAGAAAAAUUCCAUUAAGUAUACGGAAAGAGAUCUUAAAUAAAACUUUGGGGAUUAACACUGCAGAUUGUAUAAAUGAGCUUCCACCAGAGUGGAUAUUGUAUGUUGGAUGUAUUAAGUACUGGAUAAGAGAGCAAGAACCUCCUGUAUUUCAUAAAUCUAAUGUAUAUGCUAUAGUUAUUGGUAUGUUAUUUCAUAUAAUAGAUUCUAAGAUCGGGAUAUAUAGAACAAUCCACAAUUUUACACAGAAAAAGAGUCAAGUAAUUGAAACAAUAAAACAGAAAAGGAAAGCGCAUAAUUAUAAGCCGACCUACACGACAAAUGGUACAGUUAUUGAAGCCUGCAAAAAAGUCAGCUAUUAUGAUUGUCUUUUAGCCGCACCAUUUUUCAUUUCUCAUUUUAAUCUAGAUAAAAAAUUUCAAUUCUAUUCAAAUCGGAAAUUAUUUAAUAGAUCUAUAGUUCACGCAUUUGCAGAAUUUCAGAAUUGUUUGAAACAUGCCAUGAGCCUGAAUGCGUUACUGAAGUAUCCCUAUCCACAGACCACAGUCGCCACUUUGUAUAAUGGCACUCUGCUGUAUAAUUUAAGUAAUAAUUUUAAAACACAUCAGGACAUUGAGAAAUACAUAAAUGCUGUUCUUGGAAUGUCUCCAAGUCUCUUAAGAUUGUUUCAUAUACUUUUGUCAAAAGUAAAAUCAGAAUUUACAUCAUUAUUUCAGGUCGAAGUUAAGCAUUGUAAGAAACGAAAAAAAUCUAAACGUCCGAAGACAAAUGCUGAAAGUGAUACUCAAUAUUUUAGUGCUACCGAUAAUUCAACCGAGCUAUAUUACGAUCCGGAUAAUCCGUAUUCUAUACUCAAUCACGUAUGAAUUGUAUAAUCUUUGUUUAAUCGUAUAAAAUAAUGAACAGUCAAUAACCAACAAUGGUCAGAUGUAUUAUCUUUUAUGUAAUUAAAUACAAUCUUCAUCGAUGGAUUCAUUUGGAAUAUUA